CACAAUGACGAUGCGCCACCCCCGUCAACAAACAUCCCCACUCCCCCUACACCCCCAUCACCCUACCCCAACAAUGCAUCUGCUAUGACGAUCACACACACGCGCAUCGCCCAAACCUCCAAAGAGGCGCAGAAAGAGUACAAGAAGAAGAGUCAUGGCACCUACAUCCCGCAAGGCCAAAUGCGCCAGCUGGAGCGCGGAGUCGUGCUCGACGAACGCGCGGCCAAGUAUCGCGAGCAGGAGCGGCGGAAGCGGCUCGCGAAGCAGAAGCGGGAGGAGAAGGAACGGAAGGAGCAGGCGAUAAGGAAGCAGUUGGGUGUGGGGCUCGCGACGCAGUUGAUCGGGUACUCGCAUACGCAGGCGAGGAUGAAGAGUGGGAUGGAGGCGUUUCUGGGGUUUAGGAAGAAGAAGGAAGAGGAGGAGAAGGAGAAGGAGAGGGAGACGAAUAAGCAGCUUGAAGAUUUGGCAGAGGAAUUGGAUAAGGAGCCUUGGGAUAAUGAGGAUGAGGUCGGUGCAGUGGUAGAUUUGGCGAUCGGGACACCUGAGAAGCCGAAGGCAAAUCCGGAGGUCCAGCUGUUCGAUGAAGUCGGCAUGGUGCUUGAUCUGGCGACAGUGCCACCUGAGUUACCGAAGGCGAAUGCGGAGGACCAGCUGUUCGAUGAGGAUCUAGAUGAUGACGCACUACUCGAGGCUCAUGAUACGUUUGUUUCUGAUUCUCCAGAAAAGGCAAGGGAAAUCCCGCCUAUUCCUACACCGACGCCUGUCCGAGUAUCGGCACCAACAAAGAAUAUAAUCUCACCUCAGAAACAAUCUCCAAUCAAAGAGGGUGUGGAUUUUACUCGUCUCCAUGGUCCAAUUAAUAAAGUCAUCGAAAAUUCACUAGCUGCGUUGCCAGAGCCCCUGAUCGAACUUUUGUCUGUCGAUACAUCAAUGAAUACGCCCAAAUGGGAGCCAUCCGCAUCGCUACUACAUAAAUUGAACCCCCUCGGAUUGCCACCUCACCGACUGCGGAUCAAGAUUGGAUGCACAUUAACUGUCCUUCGUGAUCUCAAUUGUAGCAGCCAGAUAUCUAAGAGUAGUCAUCUUCGAGUCCUGCGGUUACACAACGAAAGACUCGAAUGUCUUGUUCUCGAUGGCCAACUGGAGGGUACAAAGACGAUCCUUACUCGCUUCCCAUUUACAGCAAACUACAGAAACGACGAGCAAUGUCCAUUUCGAAGGAUGCAAUACCCGGUUCGCGUAGCUACAGACUUUCAUUAUCCCGGCGCAGUUCAAUCAGAUAAAGAACCAAGAUUCAAGCAACCCUUGAAAUCAGCUCCACCAACGAACCCAAUCAGGAGCUUUAAGAAGCCUCCAAUCUCAGCCACUGCGAUCAAACCAAACAUGAAUCCAAAUCCGAUCUUCAAACGACCAAAUUUACCAGCGUCAAAGACAAGGGCGGCAACGCCGGUGCUCAAACCCACUGAGCAGGCAUCCGUGCCCAUAGAUCUCGAUAUCUUUGACUUCCUAGACAGUGCAACUCAAAUUUCACGCGAUCUUUCUUCGGACGAUACGCCGUCAUCGCCAAGCAAGCCUUUUUCCAACAGGUUUGAUUUGAAAGCUCCCGCAGUGCAGGAGCCAGUCCGAGAGUGUAGCUUCGACAUGGACGACUUGGACUUUAGUACCGAUGAUUUGGAGGACAUCUUAGAACCAAAGACAUCACCAAAAUCAAUUGACGGCCAUCAGCCUCCGCGACAGAUAGGCACGACAGUAGCGGCGCCAGGACAGCCACCGCCGUCCAGCACUAGACCCAUGAAGUCGCCUGGCCAAACGGGAGCUCCCAAUAAAACUCAAACUCCGCGAAUGGCUCCUCCACCUUUAAAUUCGAAGCGAAAAGCAGACAGCCCUCUUGCACAACCACCGCCAAAACGACUACCCGCCAGACCACCAUCUCAUAUGGGAAGCGAACGGCCUUUCAUAUGCUCCGUGACGAAACCUGAACCUACAAUGGCACGAGGGUCAUCUGAUACAUGUCUUUCAUUCUCAAAACCAACAUAUCAACCACCACCACCUCAGUCAUAUCCCUCAUUUAGUGAGUUUGGGCUAUCGACCCAGGAGGCGGUUUCAUUCUUCGACGACGACGAGUUUUCUUCACCCACAAUAUCUGUAUGAGUGGGUUUGCGAUGCUUAUCUGUAAUGGCGCUUGGAGUGGAAUUACGGUGUUUGGAAUUGGUUUUGGAGCCGGAAUACCCAUGGGAAAUUUUUGGAAUGAAUUGGGCGGAUUGAACGUAUUGAUGGAAAUGGGAGGUUCUGGACAGCGUACUACAAAAUUAAAGAUUUUGGCACCUUGGGUCGAUUAUGCAUAACGGUCCUUUGGCCUUUUUGGCCUUCACGUAACGAAGACGUAUAGCCAAUACAAUCAGCUUCUCAU